AGACUCGGCACUGCUGAAUCAAAUGGAAAAUACAUUGCAGAUGACUGGGCUCGCUCCCUCCCUAAUGCUUGUCUUUGUCGGAUGUCGCCACAUCAAACCCUGUGCAUAUGUCAUUCUAGAAGGGGACUACAGCAAGAACAGAACAGAUUUGAAAAAAUUAUUGACAGAGGGAUGGGGCGACGUCGGUGUUCUCUCCAGACGUUUACAACUCUCCUUCCAAAAGAAGACGCUUUUGCACAUUGCGAGCGAAGAUUAUCUUACUUGCUGCUUGGAAACCGAACCUACAUGCACUACUAGAAGUUACAAUGAACCAUUCUCUCUUUAUUCUACUACGGAAAAAGUGUUAAGUAGGCAACAUGAUCGACCUUUUGCUUUUCUGAAGAAAGCGCAUAGGUGUAUGUGACGGUGACAUAUAUGAGACAAGUCGCGCGCAUUAGGAUACAUUUUGUCAUCCGUGUUGCGAUAAUGUGACGACGGUCAUCGUUUUUUUUUCAAAUACCAAAAAUAUUAGGAUAUAUAAAUAACCUAUAUAUUCACUUUGCUACAACUGCACAAGUGGGGACAAGAAGGCAACGUCGACCAACUCAAAGGAGCAGACCAGAGAGGACUGAGAGAUGACCCAAGUCUUGUCAGUAAAGCCCUCCCUGAACCCAGAAGGGGACCCCCUUCUCCUGCAAAACCAGCACUUACGGGAGCACUGCAUCAAGACCUCCAAAGCCACUCCCAUGGAGUCAGGGGGCCCUAACAAGCAGCUGGUGGAGGAGCUCCCCUGUAGGCGAGUGCCAGACCAUGUGACUAUGUCGAGGAUUGCCUAUAUUAAGAGGAAGUAUGUGGAAGAUGAAGACUCAUACAUCACUUUUAGGAGCUACUGUAAAACUAUGGCACCGGUGGUCGAGGAGCGCGCCCAAGUGCUCCGGCUUUCCCUGGAAAAACUGCGUUUCAUUGACUACCCUGAGGCCUUCCUUCGGCGCUCUGUCCUGGUCAACAACCUUCUGCAUCGCCUCCGUGCAGAGAUACUGCUCCAGAGCGACUGGGGCCUACCACAGGACCUGAGGGUCCCUGCCGCCUUCCCCUCAUAUCUCAUCGCACCAGCUGAUGCCACCACGCCCUACCUGGCCUUUCAUGGUUCUCUGCCCCCGCCCUGCCUGACCGCACAGGGACCCCCCUUACGCAAGCGGUUCCGGCUGAUCCGUAGAGGGGAGCUUCAGCCCGAGUGUGUCCAGACUUGUGGCUGCCUCUACACGGCUGUAGCAGACCAAUACCUCCAUUUACCCUUUUCAGCGUCCAAAACUGUGGCUAACAGCUGCUCCUCUGCCCCGCACCCCGCCUCUUCUUCGUCCCCCUCUAUCUUCCAAAUAGGGUCUGGUGAGAAUAGACUGGGAGUGGAACUCGAUGUAGAGCGCGAUGACGGCGAUGAGGAAGAAGAAGAGAGAGAGGAGGAAGAGGACAGGGAAAUGAGAACAGCUAGACUUCACAUGGCAUCCAUAGAGUGGCCAAGGCCAAGGAGCAGGACUAGGACCUUACGACUAAGAAGAAGAAGAAGGGAAGCAGGGGAGGGUGACAGGGGAGAAGUGACGGGGGAUACAAAGGGUGACUUUACUAGAAACUGAGUAGUCACAGAGGGGGACUUGUUGAGAUUUAUGCGGUCCUUGUAAGAUUAUUAAAAGGAACUACUCUCUGGUAAAGUUACUAUGUUGGGAUUCAAAUACUGUAAGUGAGCUGCAGCUUAGCUUUGCACUGUCUCUAUAAACCCCCUCAGUACAAAAGAGGAAUUAAGGCUCCCCUAUUGGUAAAUCUGGACCUUAAACUGUCUACGACAUCGACCAAAUGUAGCAUAUUAAAACUUCAUAUUUAAAGCAGUUUUGAACAGGUUUGGCAUCAAAGUAGUUCCUGAUGAUUGGUAUAGGCAGAUGUAGUUAGCAGGAGUUUUAGGCUUUUGACAUGUUGACAAGGAUGAGACUGUAUUCUAUGCUGGAGCAAACUAUUUUGGGAAUUGCUGUGAGACAAAACAGUCCAAACAAAACACCUGUUUUUCACCAACAACAAAAAAAACACGUGGUGCCUUUUUAUUUUUGUAUAUUCUUCUGUAAUAGAGUACUGUUCUGUGCUUGUUCUUGUGACUAUGUGUCUUGCAUUUCAAGUGACUGCAUCACACCGAUACCAAAGGACUCGUAAAAUAGCUGGAAAACUAUUCUCUGAAAGAUUCCUAUUCCGCAGCCGUGAGGUCACUGCACUUAACCGUAUGCUUGACCUUACUUCAUGUCAAAGCACAACCUAACCCAACAAAUGAAAUGCAGCCUAUUGACCUGGUUUGAGAAUUAGUAGUUUUUGAAGAACAUUUUAGAAUUGACAGAAAAUCCCUACUUCAGGGGAUAACUCAAUUUACUUGUACUUCGGAGCCCACUAAAGUAAAUAAUUGAAAUGUACUUUUGAAUAUGUUGCACAGCUUGAUAUUUAACUCAGCAGAGAAGCAAAGUGCAGAAUUGCUUGUUUGAGUUAAGGCAGUCGACCGCUGUGGUUGAUCAAUCCCAGUGUACAAUUUAUACAAGUGUUUGUAACAGAACAUGUCAUUAAUUUACAAUCAUAGAGCUAGUACAGUAACAAACUGGUCAUAUAAUGAAACCCCCCAAAAAAUAAACAUUUGACUUAAAAGAAAGUCUACAGACAUUUGUAAAGAUAUAACUAUUUCAACACACGAAAUGUCUGUAGGUCUUUACUCCUGUGAGUCCCUCUGCUCUACAUAAUGGAUAGGAUCCUUACCUUGUCAUUACAAGUUAGUUUCCUUCUAAUUACUUAAAUUGUGUCUGUAUGAAUCACCAUUUGUAGAUAAGAGACAUGGAAAAUAGGGUUUGACAAAAUUGAAAUAGUUUCACAUAAAUGUUAGUUUUGCAUGCAAUUUUGUUUUUGUAAUUUUUGUUGUUUGCAUAGUGCUUUCUGGAAUCUUAAUUUUUUUUUUACAAAGUCAUGCAAAAGGAAAAAAGCAAUACACAUAUUUCAAGAUAAGAUUUGAAGUUUCAGAAAGACAUGAUUGCUUUGUCUUUACAAAACAUUUUACAAAAUAAAGCUAUUUUGACGUAAUUUCUUUGUUUGAAAACUGUUCUAAACAAAUAAAAGGAUUUUGAGUUUCAUAUUUCUAAUGUCAAUUUUUCUGAACUGUUUAAUGUUUAGCCUGAUACAUUACAGGUGACAGGAUAAGGAAAAACCUAAAGUAUAAAAACAAUACAGAUAUUAGCCGCGUUUCCCAGAUUCGUUAAGAAGCUCUUAACGCUAAGAGCUUCUUAGGAACGUUCUAAGAGCGUUCUAGGAAAUGCAGCCAUUAUGGGUGUGCUGCUGGAUCAGUCAAACUCCAUUUUUGAUCAUGAUAAAAGGUUCUGUCUUUGAAAAAUAAUUAAUUAUUGGGGAACAGAUGCAAUGAGCUUCAGUUACAAAGACUGCAAAGUCGCUAGUGUUUCAAGAGGAAAAGUGACUAUAGUGACUGAAUUUAGAUAGGAAAAUCCAUCUGUAAAUAUAAUUUUUUUACUGUUGAUAAAGUAGUUAAGGUCAGUUUAAAAUUUUGUCAGUCUGCCAACAACUGCAGAGACCUGCAUGCUUGACCCAUCUCCCCUUCAUUGUGUCAGCUCUCAUUUUGCCUUUUUAUCUUGAUCUGUCUCUCUCCCUCUCCUUCACUCCUCUCCCCACACACACACAAACAUCCUGCCAGCUCCUAAAGCAUAGGGACCCACGGUUUUCAUCAUGCACGUACACACACACACACGUGCCAGACCGUGGAAGAGGGGAGCUGUCAUUUGUCAACAAGGAACUUGUCGGAAGCUCAUUGUUGCUAUGGGAACUGUCUGUUGGCAAGGUCUGGUUUUGCAUCACAAGGCCCUCAAAUAGGUUCCAAAGCCUCACAGGUCUCUUACCCCUCUGUAUAUCCAUCCAGCUUACCUCCUCUGAGCUCAGUGUCAAAUACAAUGCCAGUCUCUCUUUUGCCAUCAUCUUUUUUUCCAUUUAUAUUCACGUAUGUUUAUUUUAGCCAAAACUACAGACUAGGGCACCCUCAGCCCACUAACCCCUUAUGUCUUGUAGUGAAUGUUGUUAAUAAUGUCACAAUUUAGCAGAGGUUUUUAUCUAACGUGACAUACACACACACCAAAUUUACCUGUGCGCACCAUCUCCAUUUAACAUUGAAUCACUUAACAAACAGCUCAAUCACACUCUGAUUUAAGGCACUGGCAUCACAGGCACUGAACUAAUAUGUAUAAUGGAAGCUGGAAUUGUAGUGAUCGUUAAUGCCGUUAAAAUGAAACAUUCUGUACCACAUGAACAAUGUUACAAAAGCAAAUGGUUGAUGCUUAAUGUUUUGAUUCUCUUUUAACAUAGGAGCAGUAGUAACAGUAGUAAUAUUCUAAAGUAGUUUCAGUAAAAUUACUGAAAACUGUUUUAGUAAAAUCUAUUUGAAAGUAAAUGUUUUCCCCAAAAAUCUGAAAACGAUACAUCUUUGGACUGUGUGUGUUAACCACACUUCUUAUCACAAGAAAUGCAAAAUGAAUGGCGACUAAACCAUUUCAGUUUCUUGCUUAACUGGUUCCUUUUGGGUCAAGCAAGCCAUUGUAUUUGCAUAAUCCUUAGACUUUAUACUUUUGUCCUUGGAACUACUUGGACAAAAACAAAGGGAAAGUCAAACAUUAAAAUGUUAACUGAAAUGAAAAGCAUAACUCCUAUAACUCUACAUAACUCCUAUAAUCUAUGACUGUGAUAAAUUUGAGCUUUACAUUCAGUAUUGUAUGAAAGAAAAGAAAGACAUUUAAUCCAGUAGAGAUGGAUACAGCCUUUGGUUCACAUACACAGAGUAAAGUCAGACUUUCGGAGGGAUAACCGGUACCUGUGCUAGUGGAUUACUUAAUGUAUUACUUAACAAUACAAAAUAAUCAGGCAGACUAAACCAUUGAGCCAAUGUACAUUUGAAAUGUACAGAGGACAUCAAAGCACAUCAUUAAAUUCCAGAGAAAAGCCUAAGAUUAGAGUUUACAUUCUGUAAUAUGAGUAGACAUUUGGGGACAGGAUGGGGUGCCAAAUCAGUUCAAAGAAAGACGAAGAAGGAAAAACUAGCAAAUAGCUUUUCUUUGUCCAAUCUCCUAAGAGACGGGCUGUUAUGUAAGAGUAAUCUCAAUGGUCACACCCUGAUCCCACACAGAAUGUUAAGAAAAUUGUAGCGGGAGGGUAAAUGAGUUCAGAAUUAUGAAAGGAACAAAAAGGCUAUUCACCAUGUCACCUGAACUAGCAGAAGGGGAAAAGCAUCAGUUACAGGUUGAAAGGCUUGAAAUUCUUUCAUUUUGAUCAAGUAUAAUAUAUAUUAAAUAUAUUAUACUUAAUAUUCUCUUAUAUAUAUAUUAAAUCUGGUAACCAUUGUUGGAACAGGAGGAUGAUGUAUAGAGCCAAUCCCAAAGAAUCACUUAAAAUUAGUCAAAUAUUCUUGUCACACGGGAAAACAGAAAAUAUGAGUGACAUGUUUUAAUCAUAACAUGGAUAUUUUACAAGACAGCAAUGAUUCCAUAGUCAGGAUUAAGGACCCUAAAUAUAUAUAGCAAUUUUGUGGAAAAAGUGGAUGCAGGGUUACACUAGAUUUAGUCUACAAAGGACAAAGUAAUGCAACAUAGAAAAUAAAAUGCUGUAGGGA